CUGAGCUUAGAAAGAGGAAGGCUCUGCUUAGCAAAAGGGGACAUAAAUAUUGUGCUAUAUGAAGAUGGGAAACAGUCAGCCAGGGCCAUGUUGCAUCAGCUGAACGGAGCGCGAGAUACGGUAUGAGGUCAUAGAAGCUGAUCUGUGCAUCACACCGGGGUGAAGACUUUCUUUAUUGUUUUGCUGGUUUUGUCCAGUCCACAGAAUAUGUACAGAUUCUGAUGUGUGUUGAGCAGCUUCCAUAAGGUUUCUACUCCAAAGUUGCUUUCAACGUAUCUCAAGAAGACUAAAAGGCUCCCGUUCCUGGGUUUUUCAAAUUAUCAUGAAAGACCGACUUGCAGAACUUCUUGAAUAUGCAAAGCUUCAUGAUCAGUAUGUGCAGUCUGCUGAGGAAGACCUGUCCUCACAAGAGCCUACUUUGUUUGAGACUGAUAAUUCUUUAGAUGUCUUGUACAAAGACAUUCAGUUCAUCAAGACAGAAAAUCACCUGCUGAAGAUCGAUGUUAAACGUUUAGGAAAGCAGACCACACGAUUUCUUACUUCAAUGCGACGCCUUAGCAGCAUAAAGAGAGAUUCCAAUAGCAUUGCCAAAGAUAUUAAACUAAGAGGAGAAGGAAUCCACAGAAAACUCCAAAAUCUGAAAAAUAUUAGUGAGGAUGCAAGUAGCAAGUUUGGAGAGAGCUCUGUUAUUGCACGGGUUUCUAAAGCUCAGUACAUGGCCCUGACACGUGCCUUUCAGCAAGCCAUGUUGGAAUACAAUGAAGCUGAGAUGGUUCAACGAGAAAACUGUAAGAUCCGCAUUCAGCGUCAACUGGAGAUCAUGGGCAAAGAUGUUUCAGGAAACCAGAUAGAAGACAUGAUUGAGCAAGGGAAAUGGGAUGUCUUCUCUGAAAACUUGCUCUCGGAUGUUAAAGUUGCUCGUUCAGCCUUGAAUGAAAUCGAAACCAGACACAAGGAGCUGCUGAAGCUGGAAACCCGUAUUAAGGAAGUCCGUGAGCUCUUCUUUCAGAUGGCCAUACUGGUAGAAGAACAGGCUGAAACUUUGAAUGUCGUGGAGUUAAACAUGGAAAAUGUUAAACAUUAUGUUGGGGCAGCAAAGGCCCAGGUUAAGCAAGCAGUGGAAUACAAGAGGAAAAAUCCUUGCCGGCGUUUUUUCUGCUGUUGCUUUCCAUGCGUCAAAUGAAGCUUCUCUGGAAGGACAUAUCUUCAAAUAAAAAGGUUUAGUGGCAUUGGUUUUGUACAAUUUUAGUAGAUAUGAAUCCACAUUUUCCAAGUGGGUUCGAGGGACUGCAUUGAAUAAAAAAAAUAUUUAAAGUCCAUUGAAGUUUGGAGCUGAGCAGAAUACAUUUCUAAGAAUGUUGAUUGAUUGCAUUUCUAGCCUAAAGACUGCUGAUGACUAAUCAAAUCAUUAUAAUUUACUUAAAAGGGAUGAGCAACAUGUGGUGCUUCUACAGGUAUUCUACUUGGAAGUUGAUGGAUUUAUUGCGACACACAUUAGUUUACUUGCAAGAGAUUUGAGCACG